AUGUUUUCCGUCGAUACUGCGCUGAAUUUCGUGUCCUCCAACGCGGCAAGGGACGAAAAGGACAAAGCGCUGCAGUUUUUGGAACAAUUCCAAAGGUCGAAGGACGCAUGGGGUCAGUGCUACGGAUUGUUGGAAAACCCAGCAGAAAAUGCACAACUGCAAGUGUUCGCUGCCCAGACGGUGCGGAACAAAGUCACUUACGAUCUCAGCCAGUUGGAGUCGCCACUAGAGUUGUCGCAGUUCAAGGACACGCUGCUGACUCUGCUGGAGAAACAUACAAACAGACUCGUGCUCACACAGUUGAACGUUGCACUGGCUAGGUUGGCCAUGCAGCUCGUACAAUGGAGGGACCCCGUCAGAGAGAUUAUUCAACAUUUGAACAGCACCCCGGGGACUUUGCUCAUCUUCUUGACCGUCUUGCCCGAGGAGACGCUGGGCAUCGGGUCAUUGCCCAUCACAGAGGACGAGUAUAACUCAAGGGUGCACGAACUGAUAGAGGACAUAUCCGAGGACGUUUUGAAAUUCCUAGUGGUUUGCGUCCCCAACAUAUCCACAACGGGAAACCCCUAUGGGAACGCAGCUCAGGAGGUCAGACUCGAACAAGUGUUGAGAUGUCUCACGUCCUGGGCACUCGAAUUCCCAUUGGAACAGUUCUUGGCGGUGGAUCCGCUGAUCACGUUAGUGUUCGAUUCAUUGCUAAACGGGGCCACGGAGGAGGCAGGAGCAGACACCUUCGACGCAGCUGUGGAGUGUCUGUGUGUCAUACUACGUGAAAGCAGGGACACAGAUAACGAAAACCUCGUGUUAGCACUGUUCCAACAGUUAAUGUCGCUACAGAUGAAACUGGUCCCCAAUCUGUCGCAGCUAGAUAAAUUGACCAUCGAGGACGCAAUUGACUUGGAGAUCCUAGAAGGUCUGACACGUCUGUUCGUAGAAGCCGGGGAGGCCUGGAUUAUGUUCAUAUGUCGCAACCCGCCAGUCUUCAAAGACCUCGUCUCAGUCCUUUUGAUGCUCACAUGCAAAAACCCAGAUCUAGACAUCGUUUCGUACACGUUCCCCUUCUGGUUUAGUAUGAAACAAAAUUUAGUCCUCGCACGAUAUGCGGAGUCCAAACAGUUCUUCAGGCCCACUUUCGUCGAUUUGAUAAACGGGAUCAUCUCCCACUUACAAUACCCUGACCACGCGUUCUCGUCCAAGGAAAGCGAGGAUAAAUUCAAGGAGUUCAGGUACCAUAUGGGUGACGUGCUCAAAGACUGUACUGCUGUCGUAGGAACCGUGGAUGCCCUGAGCCAACCGCUUGGUAGGAUUAACCAAUCGAUCCAGGCGGGCAACAUCGAAUCCCAAUGGCAGAGUAUCGAGGCACCAUUGUUCUCCCUGCGGACGAUGGCACAGGAGGUAUCCCUCACAGAGAACAAAAUUUUGCCAGAGAUCUUCCAGUUGGUCUGUAAUUUGCCAGAACAUCCUAAAAUCAGGUAUGCAACCACUUUGGUCCUUGGAAGAUACACAGAAUGGACCGCCAAACAUCCCGAGCAUUUAGAGAUGCAGCUGAACUAUAUCUUCAACGGAUUCGAACAAGUCAAGGCGAGCAGCACGCGAGACUCUAAGCAAACUUUGGACAUUAUAACAGCAUCUUCGCACGCUUUGAUGUACUUUUGUUCAGAUUGUGCUGCACUGCUGAGUGGGUUUAUGGAUCAACUGGUAGAUUUUUACUUUAACGUCCAAGACAUCCUCUCGUUGGAUAUUGAGUCUCAGUUCGAGCUAUGUCAAGGGUUAAGUGCUGUGAUUAACAAUCAGCCAAUUGAUACCGUUGCUCUACCCUUUACCAAAAUAAUGGACGAUAACUUACAGAAAAUACAAACCCUUAUAACACAGUGGAAGUUUUCACCAAGCGGCUACAAUAAAUUAAUUGCAGAUCGCAUCGAUUUGAUGUAUGCCCUGUUGGAAGAGUUGAAACCAAGGUUUGAUUACCCACAAGAGGGGAGCGACCCGAUCAUCCCCUGCAUCGCUCAAAUAUGGACCGCGUUGAAAACGAUCCUCAUCGAUGAUAACGCCAUCUCAGACGCAGUGAUAGUGGAGAGAUCUUGUAAAUUUUUAAGAAGGUUAUUCGAAAAGUUUCACGUCUUUUGUGAACCACUGCUACCUUCCGUGGCUGAAUUUUUGGUGCAAGGGUACGCUUUGACAGGGUUCGGCUCGUUUUUGUGGUGUUCCGGUUCUAUCAUCGUGGUAUUUGGUGACGAGGAGUCCUUCCCUAUUCCUCCAGCGAUGAGAAAUGCUGUUUGGGCUUUUGCCGUAUCGCAAUGUGAAACUUUCGUUAUCAACUUCAAUAAGAUGGAUACCGCUCAACUGAACAACUACUACGAGAUCGUUAUGGACUUUUUCUCUAUGGUUUCUGAUUUGAUCAUGUUUUAUCCGAAGGAAUUUAUCUCAGCAACAGAGCUGCUGGGUAACGUGGUGACUGUUGCCAUUGCAACGGUGAAUAAACUAGAAAACUACGACGCCUACCUGUACGUCCUGCGUUGUUUAGAUGAUAUCAUAUCCUGGGGGUUCAAGACCCCUCCCAUUUCCACCAUGGCUAUCGAAGUUGUUCCUGAUGAAUGGAGACAGCAGAUCGUCAAUGAGGUCAUAUUGAAGAGGGGUGUGCCGCUUGUUGUUGCCCUGUUUGGUGGGUUGGUCACUGUGUUCAAGGAAAGUUCACAAUCUGAUGCCAUUGGAUGCAUUGUGAAAUGUUUCAGAUUGGCCACCGAAGCCAACGGUAACGACGCAUCAAUCUGCAGUGAAUAUAUCAGCCAAGUGACAGAACAGCUAGGUGGAGUGACGGAACAGGAAAAAAAUAAUUUGAAUAAAUCUGUCAUCGAGGGGUUAAGUGGUAGGGAUUAUAGGAAGGUCAGGGAAAGUCUCCGUACAUUCAUUGAAUGGUAUUUAAGGAAAAACAUAAGUUCACGGAUGGAGUAA